UGGGUGAAGUCCCUACCGUUGACCGGAGGACUUUUGAAUAUUCUCAUACAGAACACUUGGUCAUGAACUCUGCGGAAUCAAAACUUUACAAGAUAAUGGAAAUCUAAAUAUACUCGAGCCUACUUAAACUUCCCCAUAUUUUCGAGCAUACACUACAUUCUGAGGGCAAAGUUGUGGAUACAGAUGAUGCUUCUCAUGUUAUUGUUCCUAAAAGCAGCGUUGGCACAAAAUUCGUCGGUGGCAAAGCCUGCAGAAUGUCAAGAUAGAUGCGGUAGCCUUGUAGUUCCUUACCCAUUCGGAAUCGGAGCAAACUGUUCAGCUGCAGAUGCAAUGAGAAUACAUUGCAAUACCUCUUUUUAUCCACCAAAACCUUUCAUCCAGACUCGAACACUAGUAAAGGGCAUUUUGAAGCCGGGUCCAUUCGAUCAGCUGGAGGUACUGGAAAUAUUAAUCGAGGCAGGCACUAUUCGCGUCAGACAUCCAAUAACCAGAGAGUGUUCUAGUACAAGUAAUCGCAGUCCAGGUAUUUAUUUAAAUGAUCCCUUUUCAUACUCGAACACUGAAAAUCGAUUCACUGCCAUGGCUUGCAACAAUCUUGCUUUACUAGACACCCUACUGAUAAAAAAUAGUGGAGGCUGUGUAUCAAUGUGCCAGCAACGUUCACAGAAAGAAGACAAUAACAGUUGUCUUGGGGUAAAUUGUUGCCAAAUAAAAUUCCUGCCAUACUUGCAUUAUCUCUCGCCGUCUUUUUCCGGUCUGGGAAGUAAUUUAUCAGCCAAUUGCAGCGAAGGGCCAAGGUAUGCUUUCAUUGUUGAUCAGCAGUGGUUCGGGGGGUUGAAAGAUAUCAACAGUGUGAAAAAAUUGGAAAAGGUUCCUGUUGUGCUAAAUUGGGGAUCAGACGAUGCCAACUGUAGAAACUUUGGUUUAGAAACAUAUUCUUAUUACACUGCCUCCAAUGCCACCUUGUGCGGAAAAAAUGCUUUCUGUACAAACAAAAGCUUGUGUUCAUGUAUAAAAGGAUACGAAGGAAAUCCUUAUUUGCAGGAUGGAUGUCAAGAUAUCAAUGAGUGUAGAAAUUCAACUUCAAAUUGGUGCACGCAAAUUUGUUUCAAUAUACCAGGAAGCUACAGUUGCUCAUGCGCAGAUGGGUGGGUCCUAAUUGGGAAUUUUACCUGUGAAAAGAUAGAGGUUCAGCGCAGUGGCAAGGAAGUUGCAGUCAUAGUAAUAGCCUCAUGUUCUGGUCUAGGCCUGCUGGUGGCUACUAUAUUGUGGUUGUACAAAGUAAUUAGACAAAGAAGAAUACGUAAGCUCAAGGAGAAGUUCUUCAGGAGAAAUGGAGGUCUGCUAUUACAUCAAAAAGUAUCUUCAAGCGAAGGUAACGUCGAGACAACAAAAUUGUUUACCUCAAGGGAGUUGGAUAAGGCAACUGACCAGUAUAAUGUUGAUCGAAUAAUCGGACAAGGAGGACAAGGUACUGUCUAUAAAGGGAUGUUGACAGAUGGAAGAAUUGUAGCAGUGAAAAAAUCCAAGAUUGAUGAUGAAAGCAAAAUUGAAGACUUCAUUAAUGAGGUCGUAAUUUUGUCACAAAUAAACCACAGAAAUAUAGUAAAGCUAUAUGGAUGCUGCUUGGAAACACAGGUCCCUCUACUCGUUUACGAGUUCAUCCCUAACGGAACACUGAUGCAGUAUAUCCAUGAGCAUAAUGAAUAUUUUCCCCUUACAUGGGAUGUCCGCAAGCGUGUGGCCACAGAAGUUGCUAGAGCUCUCUACUAUUUACACUCUGCUGCAUCGAUUCCAAUAUAUCAUCGAGAUAUCAAGUCCUCAAAUAUCCUUCUCGACGACAAAUACACAGCAAAAGUGGCAGACUUUGGAACUUCAAGAUCAAUUUCUAUUGAUCAAACUCACUUGACUACAAAAGUCCAAGGUACAUUCGGUUACUUGGAUCCUGAAUACUUCCAGUCAAGCCAAUUUACUGAAAAAAGCGAUGUUUAUAGCUUUGGGGUAGUUCUUGUAGAGCUUUUGACAGGACAAAAACCAAUCUCAGCAGCUAGACUCGACGAUGAAGCACGAAGCUUAGCAACACUUUUUCUAUUGGCAAUGGAAGAAAAUCGUGUAUUAGACAUUCUUGAUUCACGGAUUACCAACGAGGAUGAGAAGGAAGAGAAGAUAGCAUUUGCUAACAUCGCGUAUAGAUGCUUGAACCUGAACGGGAGGAAAAGACCAACAAUGAAACAAGUUGUAGCUGAGCUAGAGAGCCUUAGCUAUACAAAUGGAUCACCUUCUGCUCAACAAAACUAUGAAGAGGUUGAAUAUAUAAAAAGUGAACUAUAUGGGCCUUGGGAGUCUGAUGUUACCUCAUCUUCCAUGAAUUCCACCGUGUUCCACAGUCUCAAUGUUGAUAUACAGCCUCUUAUGGCAGAACAGUGAUGCCGAGAUGCAGAAUAGUCUCAAUGCUGAAGAGAACUUGUGAGCACAAAAAAAAAUUGUGCUGAUGUAAUAAACUUGGUCUCGUUGGGACAAGCUGUUCAUUUUAGAGACCGGAUUCGCCUUUGUGUAUAUUUAUUUGUUUGUAUGUCCUAUAACCAAUGAGGAGAAGAUUGCUGGACUUGAAGUAUUUUUAGCUAUUUUUAGUUUUUGUUUUUGGCU